GUUUUGGUUUCUUCCGGUUCUUCGAGAAUCCGAAUCCUGGCUCAUACGUGUAUUUAAAUUAAAAUUGUGCAACGUGAUCGUUUCUCCGACGACUGUUUAUGAAUAAAUAUUAAGAUGGAAGAAAACGUGACAGAAUUCUCUUUGAAUCUCUUCUCUUUGCCGCUCUCUUUCUCGUUUGAUCGGCGAGCUAUAUACGAAAUAUGGAAUAUUUCGACCCGAAUAAAUUCCAUCGACUGAACUGAAAAACCAAUCUGUUCCCCUCGAUACAUUCGGUCCACGUUCAAAAAAAAAAAAAAAAAGACUCGGCCGCCUUCUUUUCCGCCGAGGUAUUAAUUUCGCUGAAAAGUCGUCGAUACGCGAUCGAUGAAGAACCCGUCGCUCUCUCAAUUCGCAAAUUAAUUUUCAUCGCUGAAACAACGUUUCAACGUACGAGUACUCGAUCGGUUUUUAUUACGUUUCCCGGAAUAAUGCAUCCGUUAAUGGCGUCCACCACUGGCCGAUAAUUUAAGGUGGCCAUUCGCCCCCCCGCAUUCAAUUUCGCGUAAUUCACUUCCUGAAACGACACAUUUUCGUUCGGAAUUCCUUCGAUUGUUCGCCGUAGACAUUCCACACGCGGAGUCCAGUUGAACGUCUGCAGUUUGAAACGGAUAAAUAAACCGAGUAAUUGCUUCUUCUUUUCUUUUCCUUUUUUUUUUUUUUUAAUUGGAAAGCAAUGGAGCGAGAAGAUACAACGGGAAGAAGAUAUAAAUGUUUUCGCUCGAAAUAUCGUGAUAAAACGCGAAUUAACUUCCGACUCGUAAAUCCCGCCACUAUAAUGAUCGACGAUUAACAAUUUUCGAUUUGUUGGUGAGAUAUAACUUCCUGUUGAGAUAAUUUUUUAUAAAUCAAAUUCGAUCGCAGGAAGCGGAUCUAUUUUGAGGAUGAAGAGAAAUUGUUGGAUUAAAGGAAAUUCGAUUCAUCGGGAACGCGUUAGCGCAAAAAUUGUGGAAGUGAUUUUUUUUUUUUACAAAUUAUAUUAUACAUACACUUAAUGCUUUUUAAGAUAAGAUUGUAUCACAAACAAUUAAUUUUUUUUUUUUAAAUUUUCAGCUUCAGAAUGAAUUAUAGUUAAAUACUUGGUGAAGAAGAAUUUUCGACGUCGACCGAACCACCUUUUUAAAAUCUUUGCUGGAAUACCUCGUUCUUUAUUUUGGUAAAAAGAAUAGAAAUUGUGAUACGAAAAAUUAAACCGUGAAUAUUUUGAGAGAUAUUGCAUUAGCGGAGAUAAAAAGGGGGGCAAAUAAAUGACGAGUAAAGUUUAAAAUAAACGAUAAUCGGAAUAAAUUCAAUGCCUUGUCGCAUAAAUGGCUGCUCUCGUCCCGUCAGAAUUUAAUAUCGCCUCUUAAACUAAAGCACUUGAAAAUGCACCGCUAUCGAUAUAUAUAUAUAUAAUCUAACCCUGGAUCGAUUUUUCUUAUUAAAAAAUUUUAUAGGAAAUAGGAAUAACCAAACAAUCAGAUAUAUAAUAAUUUCCCAUUCAUAAUUCCAUCUGCGAUAAGAAAGAAGGAUAAUUUGGACAAACGAAAAAACUGGGGAAGAAAUCGAUCAGCUGGUGGGUCAUCGUUAUCUGACGGCGCUAUGCAAAUUACAUUAUUUUUCUUUUCGACGUGAGGGGACAAACGAUAUCUCACUGUCCAUUAUGAACAGCCGAGAAACGAACAGAUCUAUCUCUGAAUCCUAUAUACGUAGAGAGAGGAUAUGUUUCCUGAUGGAAAACGGUGUAUAUUUCCCUGAACGAAAAACGUAUCGCCAUUAUUCGAAUUAUUGUGGAUAUUAGUUAUUUAAAAGACGAAUACUUGUGUUAUAAACGAGUUAUGAAAGAGCCAUUGAGGAUUGAAAAUGAAAAAAGGAAGAUUAUUUGUAAAGCAAACCACGUAUGUAAUGUAAAUAAAUUUUUUACAUACGUAGAAAUUAUUUAACGCGUGGUGUGACUUUGUGAUAAUUUGUAUUGUCAAUACGGUGUACGCAAAUAAAUGGUGAACUGCGUGUGCCGAUUAAUAAUUCGUUCCAUGCGUGAUGAAACGAUGAAGAAGAACAAAAUGAUCGAAUUUUCAAUACUGUCAAUUCGUUGUUUUACCGUGUCCCAACAACUCGUCCAUACGAUAAAUAACCAACCAAUUCUACAACCAAUCUCUUUCAAAUUAUUUGGAAGUAUUUGGACCGCCAUCGAUUUUGUGUUUGAAUUAAAUUUAAAGUAAUUUGUACGUACGUACAAGUAAUAGAUUGAGUAAAAAAUAUCAGAUCAAGAAAUUAAAGAAUUAAAGAUCUUCGUCUUGUUCGAAUGCAUGCAAAAGUGUGCGUAUUGUGUAUUCAAUGGACAACUAUAUUUCAGGAACGCUUGAAAAAACAUAACAUAAAACACUUGGAGCACAUUUUCUUUAAUCUUUCAUAAUUCACAGUGUGAGAUAUGCUGGGCCAUUUAUACGAUGUAUUUUAUUUUAAUCUUCUUUAUGAGUACAAUCCCUAAAUCUAUAUAUCGCGAAUUUACGAAUCAUCUCGACGAAUAACGAUGGAACGAAUCGCAGAAUCGUAAGAGGCUUACACGUUGAAUUAGAUGACGCAAUAAGGCAUUCCGUGGUCAGUUGAACGUGCGAAAGUUGGCUCGGUCGGAAACCGAGAAAGGGUUAACCGCGAGAAUGAAUUACCAGGAGGCGAGGGUCGGAUGAAUUUUGUUGAAAUACGAACGAAAUAGGAACGGAGAUAAUGUAUUUUUCGAAUGGCACGCCACCGCUCGCCUUUUUACUCGCCGCGCAGACCGAAUUAAAACGAUGCUGUGCCGCGACGCGUCGUGUUUUUACAAGUUGCGGGCGGAGUUUUAAUUAAGCGGAAAUCGAUGGAAUUAAUUACGGCGAGCGUACAAUUUCUGGCUGGCAGAAACGGUGAUGGUGUUCGAUGCGGCAAAAGAGGAUAAAAAGGAAACUUGGUGUUAAAAAUACGACGGAUAAUUUAUUCACGAUACUCGGCUAUCGAAUGAAUCGAUGGACUUGAAUUUUUAACAGAUGUGAUCGAGUAAAAAAUUCGAAGUAAUCGAUGCUAUCUACCUGACAAAACUUUAUUUAGGAUAAGCGCCAGGAAUGCCAGAAAAAUCUUCUUCUUGGCAACGAUGUUCCAAGUUUUCGUCUUGAGUAUUCAUUGUGUGUCGUGUCAAUAGCUAUGACGACAAUGAUCUCUCGAACGAGUAAUUCUCGAUACGAAAGCAGCAAGUUUUAACGCGAAAAAGAUGGCAAGAUAAAAUUGCAUAACUUGAAAUCAUCAGUUGGUAUCUUCAACGCAGACACAUUUUUCAAGCAAUUUGUAUAAUUAUAUCCCUUUCGCAACGGAGCUGGUAUUAAAUUUUCCUCUUCACUGGUCAAAUAAAAAUUUAUCGCGAUGGAUGACUCGUCGUGACGAUAGGGAUUAAAGGAAUAUUUCGGUAUUCGUAACACGGCCGAAUCGUGGAUCAUGGAUCGAAGUUUCAACGACAAUUGACGAAAUGGAUCACUAUUGUGUUUUUAUACGAUUAAUUCUGAGUAUUCUUCUUAUGGGAUCGAGCAAUUCCAAAUUGAUCGACAAGCAAUGGUGGGAAACCGCUUUGAUUUAUCAAAUUUGGCCGAGAGGAUUUCAAGACAGUGAUGGAAAUGGCGAGGGUGAUUUAAAAGGUAUCAUAAAUCGUCUCGAUUAUCUGAAAGGCCUUGGAAUAGAUGCAAUUUGGUUGAAUCCUAUUUAUUCAUCACCACUUAUAGAUUCUGGAUACGAUAUUUCCAAUUAUACUGACAUUCAUCCUCUAUUUGGUAAUCUCCAGGAUUUUGAUGAGCUUAUAAGAGAAGCACAUAAUCGUGAUCUGAAGGUAAUUUUAGAUAUAGUACCAAAUCAUUCAAGCGAUCAACAUGAAUGGUUUAUACUGUCAAGUAAAAAUAUUAAACCUUAUAAUGACUAUUAUAUUUGGGCAAAUGGAUUUACAGAUGAAAGGAAGAAAAAUAAUCCUCCUAAUAAUUGGGUAAGCACUUACAAUGAUGAAAAGGGAUCUGCAUGGACAUGGCACGAUAAUAGAAAGCAGUGGUACUAUCAUAAAUUUCAUAAAUCCCAACCUGAUCUGAAUUUAAGAAAUGAAAAUGUAUUGCAAGAAUUACUGAAUAUUUUCAGCUUUUGGUUAAAGAAAAAUGUUGAUGGUUUUCGAAUCAGUGCAGUGUCAUAUUUCUAUGAAGAUAUAGAUUUAAAAGAUGAAUUUAAAGGAAAUGGAACAACUGGAUUACCAGAAAACACAGCUCUUGUAUAUAAGUUUCGCUCAUAUAUUGAUGAUUGGGUAAAGAAAAAUAAUGCAACUUCAAAAUUAUUAAUUGCUGAAUCUUAUGAUUCUGAUGAAGUGUUAAUAUCACUUUAUGGUAAUUCAACACACAAUGGAAUUCCACCUUUUAAUUUCCGAUUGAUUACUUCAGUUCAUAAUACAAGUACUGCUGAGCAUAUUAGAAAUGUUUUGGAAAAUUGGUUUAAAAAAAUUCCUAACAAAGCAAGCACAAAUUGGGUGCUUUCCAAUCAUGAUAAUUCAAGAGCAGCCUCAAGGAUCGGAUUAAAUCGCGUAGAUGGACUUCAUAUGCUUAAUUUACUGUUACCUGGUCAAGCAUAUACUUAUUAUGGAGAAGAGAUUGCUAUGUUAGAUAGAAAAAUGUUAUGGAAUGAAACAAUCGAUCCUAUGGGUUGUUCAAGAACGAAGGAAACAUAUGCAAAUUAUUCCAGAGAUCCUGCAAGGACACCAAUGCAAUGGAACUCUAGUAUCUCAGCAGGAUUUUCGUCUAAUGAAACUACAUAUCUUCCUCUUCAUCCAGAUUAUAUAGAAAGAAAUGUUGAAGCUCAGCAAUAUAAAUCACAUAGUAAUUUGAAUACAUAUAAAUUACUUGCUGCUCUUAGGAAGGAUAAAGUAUUUACUCAUGGAGAUUAUGAAUUUGCAACUUUAAAUGAUGGUCGCAUAUUUAUUUUUAAAAGAUCUUUAGAAAAUAAUCCUACAUAUUUUAUUGUUAUUAAUUUGGGCCUACGAUAUGAAACAGUUAAUUUAAUGUCACUAUAUCCGAAUUUUGAAGAUCCUCUGGAUAUUAUUAUCGCUUCUAGUAAUGCUGUUCACGUUACAUCAACUAUUUCACCAAAAAACAUUAUACUCACAGCAAAUGCGGCAUUAGUAUUAAAAGCUGACACAUGCAAUUGUAAUACAUCUGAAGGAAAUAAUACAAGUGAAACAACUACAAUUUCUACAUCGACGACAACUAGAAAAAAUUCAGCUGCUAUUUGUUCAUCAAUAAUACAUAUAAUAACAAGUAUAAGUAUUACAGUAACAUUAUUAUUUAACUUUUCAUCAUUUUACUAAUUUAAAUUUUAUAGAAUAAAAAAUUUAGUUAGAAUUAAAAUAAUAAUAGUUAAACGAAAUAUUUUUGUAUUAAUAAGAGCUUAUAAAUACAAAAAUAACGAAUGUAUAUUUAAUUUUAUAUUAAUCCAUCCCAUUUUAUAUAUAUUAAAUAUAUCUUAGAGAUAUGAAAUUUAUUUUUGAUAACAGAGGCAUCAGCCUCAAACGUUAAUAUUCUGGUUCUAAAGUACUGCUAUAAUUUAUAUUAAUAACAACACAAGUACUAUUCAAGUACGUUCACGAAACAAUCAAUGAAUUGAAUGACUCAUAAUAAACUAAGUAUGGUCUCAGGUAGUGGCAUAUGUCGUUUAUAAAUCAGUUGUAUUUAAAAUUAUAAAUUAUA